UAAACCUCGGCUUCACAUCAGCAAAUAAGGACAGUAUGGGUGACAAGGACAAACUGAUAUUAGCAGAGUCUGUCGAAGCUCCCGAAAAUGUGGUUAAAAAGGAUGCAACUUUGAAAGUACCUUGGUACUUUGCUAGUGGUUUUCUGCUUUUCUGGGGACUCCUCUUUUUCGCUGUUGUGAUACCGUGUUUCUAUCGUUUACCCACGGCUCUUACAUUGGAGGACGCAAAGAAAAAUGUAUUCAUAACAGAACGCGCAUACAAAAAUCUGUAUAAAUUUUCUAAUAUUGGUAACAAAUUGGAAGGCAGUACGCAAAAUGAAGUUGAGGCAGUAAACUUUAUUUUAAAUGAGCUGGCACAAAUCCACGAAGUUCUCCUGGAAGACUACUUUGAGAUGGAAGUUGACGUGUCACGAGCAUCUGGUGCAUUCGUAUACAAAACCAUGCUAAACAUGUACCAAGGCGUUCAAAAUAUUGCUGUAAAACUAACACCGAAAGGUAGCACAAGCGAAACCUACCUCCGGUCUGCCGGUGAUGAUGGUUUCAUGGUAGUCACGAUGUUGGAAGUCCUGCGCGUCAUUGCAACCACUAAGCAAACCAUCGAACAUCCGAUAGUCUUUCUCUUUAAUGGAGCUGAGGAAAGUGCUAUGCAAGCAUCUCACGGUUUUGUAACUCAACACAAAUGGGCGCCAUACUGCAAGGCCGUCAUUAACCUUGACGCUGCUGGUAGUGGAGGUCGGGAAGUUCUAUUCCAAAGUGGCCCCAACCACCCAUGGCUUGUAAAUUACUACAAGAAUUACGUCAAACAUCCAUUCGCUACGACCAUGGCCGAAGAAAUUUUCCAAUCAGGAAUUAUUCCAUCGGAUACAGACUUUCGACAGUUUAAUUUAUUUGGCAACAUCCCAGGAUUGGACAUGGCACAGUGCAUUAAUGGAUUUAUCUACCAUACAAAAUAUGACUUGAUUGAUGUGAUUCCUCGUGAGUCCUUGCAAAACACCGGUGACAAUGUUCUUGGCCUGGUUCGAGGCUUGGCAAAUGCAACCGAACUACACGAUACAGAGGCUUACAAGAGUGGACACGCCGUCUUCUUCGAUUUCCUGGGACUCUACUUCGUUCACUAUUCUGAAACUACGGGAGUAUCUCUGAACUAUGGCGUUGCCGGAACUGCCCUUAUUUUGAUAUUCGUUUCAAUGUGGCGCAUGGCGGCUGUUUCCCAAGUAUCCAUAUGCCACGUGGUGUGCUGGUUCAUAUUGGUCCUAAUCAUUCAAAUUAUUUCCUUUGUAUUUGGAUUGGCUCUUCCUAUAGUCGAGUCAUAUAUAUUUGACAAUUUGGGAUUAUCGCUCACUUACUAUAGCACUCCAUUGUUGGUGAUCGGUCUUUAUGUUUGCCCCUCACUCAUUGGCCUCAGUUUGCCUAUAACUAUUUACUACGGAAUCCAGCGCAACGAAAAAAUUUCAACAGCUUAUCAUCUUCAACUGGCGUUGCAUGCUCAAGCGCUCAUCCUGGCUCUUCUAGCCGUUGGCAUUACACUAUAUGGCUUGCGUUCUGCAUAUAUAUUCGUUAUUCCUCUGAUUUUUUACGUGGUAUCUUUGGCUAUCAAUUUGUUGACUACUCUGCACGAUCGUGGUUUUGCAUGGACGGGUCUGCUUAAGGCGAGCCAGAUAAUUCCUUUCUUAUACAGCAGCUACCUUUUUUACAUAUUCGUGGUAGUACUCACACCAAUGGGUGGUCGUUCGGGUAGUGCGACCAAUCGGGACUUGUAUAUUGCUGUCCUGGCAGCAGCAGGAACGGUUCUAUCAUUUGGAUUCUUGAUUCCGCUUAUCAACGCUUUCCGCAAACCCAGUCUUGUGGUUUUCUCUCUGCUCGCAAUCACAGCUGUUGCUAUGUACUUAGCCAGUAGCACACAAAUCGGUUUCCCAUACCGACCGAAGACCAACGGACAGCGCGUUGCAUAUUUGCAAGUGCGAAAUAAGUACUACGAGUACGAUGGUACUCUCAGCAAGGACGAGUCUGGCUACCUGUUUAGUUUUCAGGAUCGACGUGAAGAAGAAACUUUCUGGGGCCCAAAUCUGACUGGCUUAGUUAGCAUUAAAUCGAAUUGCGAGACCCACAUGAUGUGUGGCAUGCCGUUGUAUGAUUAUCGUUACACCCAGAGUAGAUUACAAAGCAAAUGGUUGGCGCGAUCUGAGCCUAUCGAACCACCAGCACCAUCAAAUUUGGAAUUGCUAAGCAAAACCGUGCUCAAUGAAACUACUGUGCGCUUUGAGUUUAAUUUGACAGGUCCCUCGCACAUGAGUUUGUUUAUUCAACCCUAUGAAGAUGUAGAGAUAAGCGGCUGGUCGUUCUUACGUAGUUAUCUUAACAAUCCACCAGCGGCACCUUUAUCAUAUCAUAUCUACCUCACAUACGGCAUUGAUAGUUCCCCCAUAAACUUUUCUUUGGAAAUUUCGAAACCUGAUGGCGACUUUAAUGUACCAUUGUUCCAACUUGGAGCGUCGAGACAUUUUAUUAGAAACCCGGGAGAUGAUAAAGCUGUGAAGUUCGCAUCUUCAUUACCCUCCUAUUGUAUAUUGGCCGAGUGGCCUGCACUUUAUGAACGUUACAUUUUUUAAUUAUUGAAGUUGCGAAAGAGAAACCUUCAAUUUACAAUAAAUAAAUGUGCAUA